UGCUAGGGGUCCUUCAAGGAUCAGAGGAAACCAGAAGAGUGAGAAUAGCGGUGACCAUGCCGACUGUCAGCGUCAAAAGGGAUCUUCUGUUCCAAGCCUUGGGCAGAGAAUAUACUGAUGAAGAAUUUGAUGAACUGUGCUUUGAGUUUGGGCUGGAGCUGGAUGAGAUUACCACAGAGAGAGACAUCAUCAGCCGUGAACAGGGGGAUGUGAAGGCAGAGGGAGCCUCUGAUGUCAUCCUGUAUAAGAUCGAUGUGCCGGCCAACCGUUACGACCUGCUAUGCCUGGAAGGACUGGUCAGGGGACUGCAGGUCUUCAAGGAGAGGAUGGAGGCACCCAGGUACAAACGUGUGAGUCCAUCCAGCGGGGAGCCCCAGAGGCUGAUCAUCACAGAGGAGACAGCGGCAGUGCGUCCACAUGCGGUGGCUGCAGUCCUGCGCAACAUCACCUUCACUCAGGAGCACUACGAAAGCUUCAUUGAGCUGCAGGAGAAGCUGCAUCAGAAUGUCUGCAGGAAAAGGACGCUGGUGGCCAUCGGCACUCAUGACCUGGACACAAUCUCUGGUCCCUUCACCUACACGGCCAAACCCCCUGGUGACAUCCGCUUCAAGCCUCUGAACCAGACGAAGGAGUACACGGCCACAGAGCUCAUGAGCCUGUACAAGAAUGACAGUCAUUUACGACAUUACCUUCACAUUAUUGAGGACAAGCCAGUGUACCCCGUCAUCUACGACAGCAAUGGCAUUGUGCUGUCUAUGCCUCCCAUUAUCAAUGGGGACCAUUCUAAAAUCUCCUUGAACACAAAAAACGUUUUCAUUGAGUGUACAGCCACUGAUCUUACAAAGGCAAAAAUAGUUCUGGACAUGAUCGUCACGAUGUUCAGUGAAUACUGUGAAGAGCCAUUCACGGUGGAGGAGGCUGAAGUUGUCUAUCCUGAUGGAAGAGUCUGCAAGUACCCAGAACUGGCAUACAGGAAGGAGAUGCUGAGUGGAGAUUUUAUCAACCAAAAAGUUGGCAUCAAUGAGUCGGCGGACCGCAUCGCCCAGCUCCUCACUCGGAUGUGCCUGCGCUCUGAGGUGGUCGGGGAAGACGGCCAGAUCGAGGUGGAGCUCCCGCCAACGCGCUCCGAUGUCAUCCAUGCCUGUGACAUCAUGGAGGACGCCGCCAUUGCCUACGGGUUCAACAACAUCGUCCGCACCACCCCGCGUACCUACACUGUUGCCAACCAGCUCCCCCUGAACAAGCUGACAGAGCUUCUGAGGCAUGACAUUGCAGCUGCUGGCUUCACUGAGGCCCUCACAUUUGCCCUGUGCUCCCAGGAGGACAUCGCUGAUAAACUGGGGAAGAACAUUGCAGAAACAAGAGCCGUGCACAUAGCCAACCCCAAAACAGCCGAGUUCCAGGUGGCACGCACCACCCUACUUCCAGGUGUGCUGAAAACAGUGGCUGCCAACAGGAAGAUGCCUCUACCACUGAAGCUGUUUGAGAUCUCUGACGUGGUGCUGAAGGACGAUACGAAAGACGUGGGCGCCAAGAACAACCGGCGCCUGUGUGCCAUCUACUACAACAAGAGCCCCGGGUUUGAGGUGAUUCAUGGCCUGCUGGACCGAGUGAUGCAGCUGCUGGAAGUGAAGCCGGGCAAAGGGGAGGGGUACCACAUCCAGGCGGCUGAAGAUUCCACUUUUUUCCCAGGGCGCUGUGCUGAGAUAUUUGCGUACGGGAAGAGCAUUGGACACCUCGGGGUCCUUCACCCGGAUAUCAUCAACCGCUUUGAGCUCAACAUGCCCUGCUCCGCCCUGGACAUCGACAUCGAGCCCUUCCUGUGAGCCACGCCCACGGCAGCACCUGUCACCACUCAUUACGGACUCAUCUGGGCCCCUUCGACUCAUUCCAGCUCCGCCCACUGCAGAACCCGGUUCAGAGAGCAUUGCAGCUCAGCUCAGACCAUACAUGGCACAUUGCAUCCUCACUGUCCCACAUUUUGUCUCCACUUUGCCACCCACGGCCCUCUGUAAACAAAGUCUUUAAGUCUCGCAUCAAUAUUUCAGCAGAAGUCAGAGUGGUGAGAUCAGCUUUCCUCCUUUCAGUGCCCAGACAGCUCUGCACGCCUACUGCUCUGUCCAGACACCUCAGACCAUGUGACCCAGCAGAACUGUCGUCACUGCUGGUCUGUGAAGAACUCUGUCCUCUGGAGUAGAGUUGUUUGGUUUAUAGUCCAGUUGGGUCAUCUAGACCGCAAAUUAAAUUUGUAGCCCAGUUAGUGUCAUGCUCCAUAUCUCAGUAUGAUAAAUAUACAGGACAAAUGAGGGAUCGCUUUGACAGAUGGUGAUGUCAAAUGCACAUGAUCAAUAAGCCUGUUUAUUUAUAUGGCUGUGUUUUAAGUUACUGUAACAAUCUUCACGUGAAUAAAAACCAAUAUAAAAAGUG